UCUCUCUCUUGCCGGGUUGCAAUUCCACCGCCGUUUCAGUCGUGCUGCAUUCCGUCGCCGAUUAAUCGGAACUCUUCGAUCAAGAGCCCGAAAUCAUGGGUAUCUCACGAGAUUCGAUGCACAAGAGACGCGCCACCGGAGGAAAAAUGAAGGCGUGGAGGAAGAAGCGAAAGUAUGAGCUCGGAAGACAGCCAGCAAACACGAAGCUGUCGAGCAACAAGACUGUGCGAAGGGUGAGAGUUCGUGGAGGUAAUGUGAAGUGGCGGGCCCUGAGGUUGGAUACAGGAAACUUCUCGUGGGGGAGUGAAGCUGUAACCCGUAAGACACGUAUUCUCGACGUUGUUUAUAAUGCGUCAAAUAAUGAAUUGGUUAGGACCCAGACUUUGGUGAAAGGGGCUAUUAUUCAAGUGGAUGCUGCACCUUUCAAGCAGUGGUAUCUUCAGCAUUACGGAGUUGAAAUCGGCCGCAAGAAGAAGGCUGCCGCUAAGAAGGAAGGAGAGGAGACUGAGGCUGCUGCAGCCGAAGAAGUGAAGAAGAGCAAACAUGUGUUGAGGAAACUCGAAAAGCGUCAAGAGGAGCGCACAAUUGACCAACAUAUUGAGGAGCAAUUCGGGGGUGGCCGUUUGCUAGCUGCAAUUUCCUCUCGUCCUGGCCAGUGUGGCCGUGCAGACGGGUAUAUUUUGGAGGGUAAGGAAUUGGAGUUCUACAUGAAGAAACUCCAGAAGAAGAAAGGAAAGAGUGCCGGUGCUUAAAUUUUGCCGAUAGAAUUUUAAUUCGUAGACGGCUCUUGAUCUUUGUAUUCCUUUUCUCUGCAAUGUAAGGAACAAAAUGAGCUUUCGUAAGUUAUAUUGAACUUUUCGAUUGUCAUACUACUGAUUUCUCGAGACAUGUUAAUUUUUCUUCAUUGGCUAA